UAAACAAUGAGCCAAAAUGUGAACACACAGUUUCUAGUUAUCGUAAAUUUGGCGCACAAAUAAACAAAAAAUACGACACGUACAAAACAAUUAAGUAUAUUCAGUGGCUGAUUUCGACAAAACAUCAAAAAUUUAUGCAAGAAAAAUGUUGCUAGUAAAAUCCAUGCAACGCUCUCACAAUUUUCCGAAAAGAAGAAGAAAGAAAUGUGACCAUUACCGAAUCAACGUGAAGAGAGAAAUUAUUGUACAGCAAUUUCGGGCUAUGACAGACGAUUUGUAACGAUAGAAAUAUACCAAGCUGAAAUUGCGAUCAGUUGCAUAUAGCCGAUUAUUUUAUUGUUAUUUAAAACAAAUAUUUAUUAUUGUUUUUUCUUCUUCUUCUUUUGUUUUCUUCCAUUCGACUGUAAUACGAUAUCUGAUGUGAUCAAUUCUGCGGCAUUUCGUACAAUUCCGUGUACCUAUCGACCGAACGGUCGACCGAUAAUGUGCAUAUUUUUUUUCAAAUUCUCAUCAGCAGUAAGUUGGACGUAUCAGUUGCCGGCAAAUACAUAAUCUGUGCCGACAAAUCGAGCGAAAACAUCUAAAAGUCAUUAUUUAAUUGCAGUUUGCACGUUUCAGUGAACUUAACAUUUGUUUUACGUGAAUCAGCAGAGCAAAAAGCAAAAACUAUUCGUUGGUUGUGUGUGUGUGCGUUCAUUAGAAGUUGAUUACAAAAGGAAAUUGGUUCGUUUAAAGUUGGCAUUUAGAAUCUACACAAACAAAUAGAUGAGCAGAAGGAGAAUAUACAUUCAAAAUAAACUGAGACAGCUAUAUUGACAAUCAGAGUGCAAAUAGGAAGAAUCGCAUCGCAUCUCAGCUGGACACCGAAAUCUAAAUCAACACACAAACACACAAAAUGAGCAACAGAACACAUGCCUAAUUAUCGAAUUUAAUAGAUAACCGAAACGAUAGAACCAAACUAAACGACAAAAUCAUCGUAUACAUUGUAUCCGAAGUGAAUACAAUGUGAGUUAAGCACACUACCACCACCACGAUACUAUACGCACGUAGACGUAUCACGAUGCUGACAUUAAACUUUGGGGCGAAAUUCUUUGUAUGUAUUGACUGAUUGUGUGAGAUGUUACUUUACGGAUAGUUCGGAGAGUUACUGUGAUUAUUUGUGACAAUUUCUGUUGAAGUGGAAAGGAACGAAGCGACGAAUGAAAUGCAAAAUACGAAGAAAAAACAACCAGAGAAAAGGCAUUAUAAUUCCCAUAAAUAUCAUGUAUUGGGUUCAGUUGAAACGCUGUGUUCAAACUAAACGCCUUUCGGCUCGUCGCUUGUUUUCACACUGCGCUUCGAUUAUAUUCAUCAGAGCUCGUCUAUGAUAAAAACGGCAUUUUUGCAAAACAUUUUCAAAAUUCUUUAAGUUCAUGAGUGAUCAACAUCAUUGUGAAUGUUUUUUUUCUUCAUUUUCUUUUAUUGUCUAUUUAUUGAAAUAGUGGUUUAGUUUUUGUUUUUUUGUAUAAUUUUUUUAAAAUUCUUUUCGUUUACCGUUGAAUUCAAAUUUUAAAUCGUUUCGCAAAUUAAAGUGAUUGAAACUUGAUUUUGUUGUAAAACAAGGAAGAAAAAAAAAGUCUUGUCUAUAUUGAUCAUAAUGGUGAAGUUGAACUAAUAAAUAACUGGUGUGUGAUAAACGAAAAUAUAAGACAUUUGAUUAUCUAAUGAACGUUUCGGUUUUGGACAGAUUUUCCGUUUUUGUUUCUCUUUCGUUUUUGGAAUUUUGUGCAAAAUCAUCAGUGCUAGUAAAUUGAAAUAAAUCAUUUCGGUUCAAUUUUUUUUCUGCGAAUCUAAUCAAACAACAUGGUUUUCGUGGCACCACAGAAGCAAAUCUGUUCACUCGGCGGCAAAAUAUCAACGCGCCUGUACGUCGGUUUGAUGUUAUUUGCAUCAUGUUUCGUAUCAUAUAUGCUGCGUGUGAACAUGUCCAUCAACAUAUUAGCCAUGGUGCAUCAUCAAGAAGUCGAAAUGAUCGGAGACGACAACAUAACGGCUAUCGUUGAGCCAAAUUAUGGACCGCGUUAUAAUUGGUCAGCGUCUGAGCAGAGUUUUUUGCUUGGAUCCUAUUUUUGGGGCUAUUUGGUGACAUCUUUACCUGGAGGCAUACUAGCUGAAUGGCUUGGCGGACGCGCAGUCGUUGGAUAUACGCUGGCUGGCAGUGCUGUGAUUACAGCACUCACACCAAUCGCAGCUGGAAUCUCUUAUUGGUUUGUCUUUGGCAUUCGACUUAUCACCGGCGUUUUAGCUGGAGUUUUGUAUCCAUCACUGCACAAUCUCAUUUCAAAAUGGGCACCGCCGGAUGAACGGGGGAAGUUUAUUUCAGCAUUAUUGGGUGGAACAUUCGGGACAGUGAUCACCUGGCCUCUUGCGGGAAUUUUAACCGAAACAUUGGGUUGGGUUUAUGCAUUUUAUGUGCCAGCUAUCAUAACGGCGGUUGUAACGAUUUUGUGGUUUGUGUUCAUAUAUGAUUCACCAGGACAGCAUCCACGUAUUGAUCAAACUGAACGUGAGCACAUUGAAAAAGCACUGGGUGGAAAUAUUUCCAAGAAAAAGGCCAUGCCACCGUUCGGCAAUUUACUGACAUCGGUGCCAUUUCUCGCUUUGACAGUUUUACACUACGGUAAUCUGUGGGGAUUGUAUUUCUUAAUAACAGCUGCACCAAAAUUCAUGAGCGAGGUAUUGGGUUUUAAUAUUGCACAAGCGGGUAUAUUAGCAAGUCUUCCGUACCUUGCGCGAUUGUUCUCCGGUUUCAUAUUCGGUUCGAUUGGUGAUGCUUUGACAAAAUCUGAGGUGAUGUCAGUGACUUCGAUCCGCAAAUCGUUCUGUUUAUUUUCACAUAUUUUGCCUGGUUUGUGUUUAAUUGGAUUGGCGUAUGUUGGUCAUCAUCCAUACUGGUGUGUAGCUGUGAUCACGAUAUCGCUCGGCUUCAAUGGUGCAUCGACACUCACAAAUUUGCAAAAUAGUCAAGAUUUAGCUCCAAAUUAUGCGGGCACUUUGUACGGUGUGAUCAACUUCAUCGGUACCACGACUGGAUUUUUGACACCCAUGGUGGUUGGUCACUUUUCUAUAAAAAAUACCCUUGAAGAGUGGAGUAUAAUAUUCAUCAUUGCCGCAGUUGCUUACAUAAUUCCAGCCUUUGUUUUCAUUUUGUUUGGCAGUGGACAGGUACUCAUUGAAGCAUCAAAACGAAUUAUUCUAUUCAUUUACAUAUUUAAUUUGUAUGGCUUCAGGUACAACCUUGGAAUGAACCGAAAAAGACCGACGAAAAAACAAGCGAUGAUACCGUGCAACAACAGGCAUAAUUUCCGAUAAUGUGAUUUGAUAGCGAUAUAAUGUUUAGGACUUAAGAGAUAGUUUCCAUCGCUUACGGGUUGUGUAUUCAAAUUCAAGUUUUCGUCGAGUGAAUUAGCGUAUAUUUAUAAAUUGGUUUUGUUUUUUGUCAAGUCGAACGAAAAUUGAACGAUUCAACUAGACCUAACAAUGUAAUGAUGGACAACAUUUCAUAUCGAAGCAAGGAGACAAAGUAUUUUAUGGCAUGUUGACUGAUUGAUCUACUAGUAUUUUUUUAUGUUUACACCUUGUUUGUUUUAUUGUUUUUUUUAAUUAUCUUGCAAAGAGGAAUGUCAAUUUUACAAUGAUGGUCGUAUAGUAACCAUCUAUAUGAUGGUUGCCACUCGAUAGUGGCGCUACUGUCUAUGUGAUUUAAAUAACGUUGAACUUUUCAGUAUUUUUUUCUUUGAUGUGAUAGAUUACAAAUGAUAUAACCAGAUUUCCAUGAAGUAAUCAUUCGUCGAUUGAAUGCGUUAAAUCUGAAUUCAUUUUGUAAUGUCGUCCGUAUCUAUCCUUGUCACUUCUGUUGAUGUAUUGUACUUUAGCCUAUAGAUUUUACCAAAAGCGAUAUCUUUGUAAAUUAAAUAAUAAUCUUAAGAACGAAACCUA